GUUACUUUUGUGAACUGAAAGAGUUCGUUCGUCGUGUGCCGGUUAAAAUUUUUUUCAUCUUUCGUUAGAUUUAUCUAGUAGUUAUAAGUUGAUUUAGAUAACAGUGAUACAAAAUGCAUACGGGAUCGACGAUAUCGCUUAUUCAAGUAUUAGAAAAGACUAUAUCUCCUGAUCGAAAUGAAUUGGAAGCUGCUGAGAAAUACCUCGAACAUGCAGCUGUCACGAAUUUCACAACUUUCAUCAAAAUGCUAUCUGAUGUCCUGGUGCAAGGUGGAAAUAGUCAGGUGGCGCGAAUGGCUGCGGGGUUACAGCUAAAGAACCACCUCACUUCAAAGGACCCUACAUUCAAACAACAGUAUCAAGAAAGAUGGUUAGCCUUACCAGAAGAUGUUAGGCUAUACAUAAAGAAAAAUAUCUUAGCUGCAAUAGGUACAGAAAAUAGUAGGCCUAGUUCUGCUGCACAGUGUGUGGCAUAUGUCGCAGUUGCAGAACUUCCAGUGGGACAGUGGAAUGAUCUCAUACCUAUUCUUGUAGAAAAUGUAGUAAAUGCUCAAUCAACUGAACUUAAAAAGGAAGCUACAUUAGAAGCUAUUGGUUAUAUAUGCCAGGAAAUAGAUGCUGAGGUUUUAACUGAACAAAGUAAUCCUAUUUUAACUGCCAUUAUCCAUGGUAUGAGGUCAACUGAGCCCAGUAAUCAUGUCCGCCUUGCUGCAACACAAGCUCUUCUCAACUCUUUAGAAUUUACUAAAGCAAAUUUUGAUAAAGAGAAUGAACGUAACUUUAUCAUGGAGGUUGUUUGUGAAGCAACUCAAUCACCAGAUAUGAGAAUAAAUGUUGCAGCUCUUCAAUGCUUAGUAAAGAUAUUAUCUUUGUAUUAUCAAUAUAUGGAACCAUAUAUGGGUCAAGCUCUAUUUCCGAUUACAUUAGAAGCCAUGAAAUCAGAUACAGAUGAAAUAUCAUUGCAAGGUAUUGAGUUUUGGUCGAACGUAAGUGAUGAAGAAAUUGAUUUGGCUAUUGAAGAAGCAGAAGCUGCUGAAGUGGGUCGACCACCAGCUAGAACAUCAAGGUUUUAUGCAAGAGGAGCUCUGCAAUAUAUUGCACCAGUCCUCAUGCAAAAACUCACCAAGCAAGAUGAUUCUGAAGAUGAACUGGAGUGGAAUCCAUCCAAAGCUGCAUCUGUUUGUUUGAUGCUCCUUUCAAAUUGCUGUGAAGACGAAAUUGUCCCACAUGUUUUACCUUUCAUCAAUGCCAACAUCAAAAAUGAAAAUUGGCGAUACAGAGAAGCCGCACUAAUGGCUUUUGGUUCCAUUUUGGGAGGACUUGAAGCAAAUACUCUGAAACCCCUAGUAGAAAAUGCUAUGUCUACUUUAAUUGAAGCCAUGUAUGACACUAGUGUGGCAGUUAGAGAUACUGCUGCCUGGACAUUUGGAAGGAUUUGUGAAAUUGUUCCUGAAGCUGCUAUCAAUGAAACAUAUCUCAAACCCUUGCUUGAAAGUCUUGUCAAUGGUCUCAAAGCAGAACCAAGAGUUGCUGCUAAUGUUUGUUGGGCAUUCACAGGAUUAGCUGAAGCAGCUUAUGAUGCGGCCGAUUGUGGAGAUGAUAGCAAACCAAAAACAUACUGCAUGUCAACAUAUUUCGAUUUUAUUAUCCAGCGACUACUUGAGACUACUGACCGUCAAGAUGCGGCGCAACAUAGCUUACGAUCAGCUGCAUAUGAAGCUCUCAUGGAAAUGGUUAAAAAUUCACCUACUGAUUGUUAUGUUACCGUCCAAAAAACAACUAUGGUCAUUUUGGAGCGACUGCAACAAGUCUUACAAAUGGAGAACCACAUAUCUAGUCAGGCAGAUCGUUCUCAGUUCAAUGAUCUUCAGAGUCUCUUAUGUGCGACCUUACAAUCAGUCCUCCGUAAAAUGACACCAGAAGAUGCACCACAAAUAUCGGACGCUAUAAUGACUGCUCUCUUAACAAUGUUUGCUGGAAAUGCAGGUAAAGCUGGUGGCGUUCAAGAAGACGCCCUGAUGGCGGUGUCGACGCUGGUAGAAGUUUUAGGUGAAGGGUUCCUCAAGUAUAUGAAUGCAUUUAAACAAUAUCUGUAUGUUGGUUUAAAGAAUCACCAAGAAUAUCAAGUAUGCAUAGCAGCUGUUGGGCUAACUGGCGACAUUUGUCGUGCACUAAAGAGCAAGGUGCUUCCAUAUUGUGAUGAAAUUAUUUGUUUGUUGUUGCAAAAUUUGAGUGAUCCCACCAUCCAUCGCUCAGUGAAGCCACAAAUUUUGUCUGUAUUUGGUGAUAUUGCUUUGAGUAUUGGACCUGACUUCAAGAAAUAUUUUGAUGUUGUAAUGCAAAUGCUGCUGCAGGCCAGCACCAUUCAAGUAGAUCGCAAUGAUUAUGACAUGGUUGAAUAUCUUGGAGAACUCCGAGAAAGUAUCCUGGAAGCUUACACAGGAAUCAUUCAGGGAUUGAAGGGUGUAGACGGAGAGGUGCGAUCGGACGUGGCGCUGGUGGAGCCGCACGUGCCCGCGAUCGUGAGCUUCAUGGUGCAAGUGGCGUCGGAGCCGGAGCGCACCGACGGGCACAUGUCGGUGAUCGCGGGGCUCACGGGCGACCUGUGCACGGUGUUCGGCGGCCGCGUGAUCCCGCUGCUCGAGACCAAGCCGCUGCUGGACCUGCUGCAGGCGGCGCGCAAGUCGCGCACGCAGCGCACCAAGACGCUCGCCAACUGGGCCGCCAAGGAGAUCCGCAAGCUCAAGCAGCAGGCGCCGCUCGUGAGCUGAUUUGAAACAUCGAGGAGCAAUAGUGAUGUAACCAAGUUACAAACAAGCUACCCCAGGAUAAAAAUAUAAUUAUUAAUUGGGAGGUCAUAUCAUGUCAUUUAUUGUAAGUCGAUAGGUGCAUUCAUAAUUUGUUAAUUUAUUUUGGUCUUACUGCUGACAUGAUAUUUAUUGAUACUUCAUUUCUUAUACCAUUUUUUUUCUCCGUUAUUAUUAUUUAUUUCGUUAAACUUUGUAAAAACUGUAUUAUUACAAACUUUUCCUUGUUUUUUUUCCUUUUUUUUUUGUAGGCAUGUAUGAUUGGUAAUUCAGACAAAGCUAAUGCACCUAGCGCUGUAUUCUUGAUAUAAUUAUUAUAUAUGCCUCACCAUAAUCUUUCCAUAUUAAUCUACAAUAUGUAAAAUGAAUAUCAAAGCAUUUUCCUAUUUGGUAUUAUAGAUACAGACAGUGGCUGUGGUAUCUUUACUUAUGUGACACGAAAGUGAGAUUGUAUGAAAGUCGACGUAUGUUAUUAUAGGCAUGCACACGUGCAAGGGAUUGUGAAUUUUAUAAAUUAUUUUAAUUUUUUGUAAGGAGAACAAAAGGAGAUGUAUGAUCGGUAGUAUACGUGGUGAUGUAUGUAAAUGAAUAUCAAAGAUAUUUUGUAAACAUGGGCGCGAAUUAACUAAACAAUGGUUGGUGUUGAUCCCCUUAACGCGGUAGAGGUCUAAGGACGCCAUAUUGGUGCUAACUGCUUUUUAUUCGUCACGAUUGAAAAUCCAGACAAAUUUAAUAUUUUAAUGAUUUCUAUUGAAACUGGAACAUUUUUCUAUAUUUUAUAAACAAACUCAAAAUUGUAGACAAGGUGCAAUUAGUACUAUUUGUUACCUUAAUGGUAAAUAAACAUUUAAAAAUAAAUUAGUAUAUAGAAAUUUACUUUACGAUUUAUAAUGGAAACAUUUUUCAAUCAUUAGUUGCGUUUCGAUUUUCCUUUGUGGUGAAUAAAAAGAUGCAUUGCCUUCGGAUCUCAAGGUUACAUUCUUGUACAUAUGUAAUUAAAGGCUCUUUUCCAUUUACUUUAAUUAUAGUAAAAUGCAGUUCCAUCCGUUGUUAAAAUAUGAAACGCGAUAAGCAGUUGUACCCUUUGUGCGUAAAUUAUGAUAAUUUGGAAUCUCAGAUUGCUGGCAAUUUUAUCCAAUUAUCAAACACAAGUAUCAAUAAACUGCUUUUUUAUUUGACGGUAAAGUAAAAUGUAAAAUUAUUAAUGAAUAAGGACUAUAUUGUCUUUUUACAACUGCCAGCACAAUAAUAUUUAUUACAUGUUCUCUAGAAGGACAGUGCCUUUUUGUGUAUAAUGUUUUAUCGGAUUUACAACUAUUUUAUCGGCGUCAAUGUAAAACAUUACGCGCUAGUUUCCUACAAUAGUAAAACACAAUGAACGAUGUUUAAAUUGGCAAUAACUUAUAAUUUCGAAAGUCUAAAAGAGCUUUAUUAAUUUAAACAUUAUGUGACAAUUUAAUAAAUGUAUUUCUAGAGUGUCUGCUAGUCUGUGAGCAUCACUGAUAGGGAUGGUGAUUGCGCGAUUUAUGCAAGAAAUGUGUGAUGUCACUAAAAGGCAUUUGGCAACACCGGUCUGGGGUGUUUCUUCAGAGUUGCCUUGUGUUACCGUUUUGGUUGUUUCUAAGUUUAACAUUUUAUACAGUGUUAACCAGUCCGAUGUUGUUAUGAUGUCCAAAUUGUGUUACGACUGUUUUGAAUAUAGAUGUACAUAUUUGAUCUGUAAUUUUUUUACGAUUCUUCAGUGUCAUAUGUGUACUUAUAUUGAGGAUGAUAGGAGUAUGUAUGAGGACUAGUGCCAUGCCAUGAAAGGUUCUUAAUUAGAAUCAUAGGCAUUCGAGUCUUUAAAUACCACCCACUUUUCUAACGCGAAUUAAAUACUGAAAUUAUUUUGUUACAUCUUUUAUUUCUCUUAUUGUUUGCAACUAUUAUCCUGUAAAAUGUUCUACUCUAAUUAAAUCAAUUUUAAAGUUAA